ACCCUUGGGAAAAACCCAAUUCGAAUGAGUUUGCCAUCGUAUUUCUGUCCAAGUCUCAAUUCAGUUUUAAACUUGUACGUCAACAGUCGUGUCAAUAAAAUCAUAUAGAAUUCUAGUAAAUAUCGUUACAAUUGUUUCUGUGUUCACACAAGUUUUCAUCAUCUGCAGAUAAGGUAGAGCUAAUUCAUUUUUAUGUGAAACUGAUUUCCAAAAUUCUGAAGGAAAGAUAAAAAUUAAAGAAAAGGGAAAAAUUGAAGAAAAGAAUUUCCCAAAGUGCCAGUUCUCAAACGUUUUUACUGAAAUGGUCCCAAUCAAAUGGAUCCUCACCAUUCUUUUGGCCGUUUGCUGUCAGUGUCAAUCAUUCGGUGCUUCUUCUUCUUCUUGGGCGAAACUAAAAAUCUCGCCGGACACGUUCAGUUCUAUGGAGUACGGCAACUUUCUCAUUGAAAUUUAUGAACACGCCGAUACCACUCAAGCGCCGUUAGUAUUUACAACAGAUUCACGAAACAGCCAGAGAUGAGCUUCCGCAUUGAAAUGUGGAACGACAAAGUCCAAAAUGAAGUUGUGAAACAUUUAAAUGAAAUCGUCGGUCAUCAAAUCAAAUCAAAUAAAGUGAGAGUUCUCCCCUUGGAUAAGGUCAUUCUCACCAGCAAAAUACCCACAACAGAUUAUUCGCCAUCGCCAGUGUGGACGAAUUAUGACAGAAGCAAAACCCUUUGGUUUUCUCUGACUUGUUACGACCAGAAAAUCUGCGACGAACUGGCCAGUGAAAUGCGAUCUGUUCCCAAACAUUCAAACCAUUUCAGACUCCUGUACAGUUUGUCAUCGCAGACGUCGCAAACCAAACAGACGACCAUCCGCAUCGACAGUGUCACUUCCGGUCAAAUGGUCUCGACUCUUUUAAAGAAAUUUGAAGACAAAAAAGAAAUUUUUCUGACGGCCAACGACGAGAAGAAAAUGUUGACGGAAACGGCCACCAACAUCCGAAUGGACACAUUUGACGACUCCGAGGUCGGGUCGCCUGAUACGGAGUUUCAAGUUUUAAAUAUUUUAAAGGAUUUGCUCGUAACGUCCAGGACGACCAUAAGAGAACAAAGUGACAAAAUGUGGGACUCGGUUUUCUGGAAUGAGGAAAAUUACCGGCCGGACAAGACGACGAAAACUUUAAAUGAAAUCCUCAACAAACUGGACAGGGAAACUCAAAAGAUAUUGGCGGAUAUGUUUCAAAAAGUGGAGAAACAGUCAGUAAUAUUAGGAAAAUUAACUUCGAGUAGUAAAGAGACAACAAGACGAGAAGAACAGCACCGCAAUGUUAAUUUUAAUGAGAAAUGGAAACUUGCAAAAAACAACUCGGAUGAAGAAAAUAAAGGAAGAAUCCAACACAAUUACGACUCAAACAGUUGGGCCGACGUGGACAGAAUCAGUUCAAUCAUUUCAGAGAAAAUGACAAACGAAUCUGAUGGUUCCAGUCAGGUCGAAAUUUCUAAAGAAGAAAUGGCAAAAUUAUUACAAGAAAGUCGAAAUCACGUCCAAUGGGACGGAGAGAAAUUCGUGCCCAAACCGAUACAAUUGAGCAGAAUCGAUUUGGGAAAAUUUCGCGACUCUCAAUGGUUUCAGGAUCGUAACAUUCGGGUUCGUUACACGACCGCCGAACUGUCGGCGCCGAUAAAAUUUUUGGAACACACAGAAUUUACCGUCACUGACGAAUGGAACCAUUUAAAGGCGGAACUCAAAGCCACUACUGAACUCUUAACUACAACUGUGAACAACUUGGUGAAAACAAAUACCGAACUGAGUAUGGUGAAGAGUGAUUUAACAAACACGCGAAUAGAUUCGACUAAUAAAUUAGAAGAGUUGGAGAAAACCAAAAACGACUUGGAGGAAACGAAGGUUUAUGUCAAUAAUCUAUCGAUAAAGUUAAAUGAGACAAAAAAGGAGUUGGUGAAAACGAGAGCAGAUUUUCUCAUAACCGUCGAUGGUUUAUCUGAAAAAUUAAACGCGACUGAAAAAGAAUUGGCGGAAACGAAAAUCACGACCGGGAUUCUGUCAGCUGAACUCAAAACUAAUUCGGAUCGAUUAAGUCAAGAAUUAAAAGUUGCUGAAGAAAAUUUGAAAAAAGAUCUGAGAGCAACUUCAAAUGAUUUGGAAACUGCAAAAACAAAUUUGGCCUCAACGAUGACGGAGUUGAACAGCACCAAGUCCGCCGUUGCGGAUUUGGCGACCAAAUUAAACUUUGUAACAAACGGUAACAAAGCCCGAACGAGUGAAAUAGUUGACAUCGGUAAAAUGCCAACCUCGUGUGCGGAUCUGGAGCGAAUGGGACAAAAAGUCAAUGGAUUCUUUUCUGUCAAAGGAUCAAAGAAGAUGGAAAUGAUUUACUGCAACUUUUUUGCCAAUCAAAAUGACAAACAGAAAUUUAUCGGAUACGCCGACGUCAAAUCGGCGCCCGUCCAUUUCUACGUCCAGAGAAAUUCGCCAUUUAAAACUGAAAACAUUCCGAUCCCGUUCGAUUUGGCGGUUUUGAACGAGGGAAAUGCCAUGAAUUUGACGUCGGGGAUAUUCACGGCACCGCGACCGGGAAUUUAUUUUUUCUCUUUCGCGGGAACGGCGCGUCUUUAUUCUUCAUCUUCUGUUAAUUUUUAUUCUCGUCUUUAUUUGAACGGACAUCGAAUCGGGGCGAGUAAUGUUCAAGAGAAUAACGCUCCCGUUGAUCAAUAUAGUCCGUUUACCCUCCAGUCGACGUUGAAUUUAAAAAAAGGCGAUCGAGUUUGGGUGCAGAUUCGAGGUUCAUUCUCGUCUUUAUAUGACGACAGUGACCACUUGACCCAUUUCACGGGUUUCAUGUUGGAGGAGGAAAUUCAUUAAGGGGUAGAAUUUUCUUUACCAAAAUUAAUCUGUGGAUGUAAUUGAUAUUUCAGUUGUGCACUCGUCCAGAAAAAUUCUGCCGCCUGUUUCUAUCUCUAAAAAUAUGGGCAGGAGACAUGAAAAACUCAUUUUAAUUGCCAGAUUUAAAAAUGGAUUUAUUUUGUAAUUUGAAAAUUUCGUUCGAAUUUUGCUUCUACACUCUUCGUUUAUCUUUAAGGGAGAUUAUCUUUUUUUAAAUUUGAUUUCAUUAGAUUUUAAUUAAUUUUUUUCUCACGUUCGCAAAAUGGGAUGGGAGAAAAAAAUAGGGAAGGGUAGAAAAUUCGGUCGACUCUUAUUCAUGAAGGAAUUAUAAUUUUUUUACGAAAAUUAAACUGUAGAUGCAACUAAACAUGUUUAAUACACAAACGAAUUUU